AUGCUCUUCCAAGCUGCUUGCAUCUCUGACACUGCAAUUGUUGACCACAUCAGUAAUCCGACUCCACAGAUAAGAAGAUCCGUAGAAGAGGACUACAGCCUACAACUCGGUGAACCAGACGCUUUCACCGUGAAAAGUUUCGUCGACUUCAACAAUAAAAAGUGGGAGAAGAAAAAGGGGAAACUGGAAGACUUCUACGUUGUUGGCAGUUCGCUUGAGGAAAACUCGCGUAUUGAUUUCAAAUUCUACGAAUUUAACGAUUUUUUGUUAAUUCACUUGAACACCGACGAAGACUAUCACACCUUUGUGGACAGUUUUACUUAUGUCAAAACAUCUACAACAGGCAACAAUAUUUAUAUCACUGAAAAGCGGGAAGUUUCACGCUCAUCUCAAGAAUGGCUCUCAAGUAGGAUCAAGAGCUUUGUUGCUUUUGCUCACACUCAGGACCGGAAUUGGAUGCUACCUUCGGAGAGGCUUGCAAUUUUGCUUCCAAGUCGACCUGCUCUGCAUGUUCUUCCUUAUAAGUCUCUUGAUGACAGAGGCAUCUCAGUCUCUCACUGCGGCUCUGAUUGGGCCCUUACAGCUGCUUCCCCACGUCAGAGCAAUGUUUGCAGCGGUGAAAAAUUCAAGCGUUUGCUGAAAAUGGAACUAGCUCCAGCGGUAGGUCAGCCCUGUAUUUCAGCAGAGAGCGAUAUGGAUAUAGGUUCGAGUGACCACGCAUCAGACGACGAUCGAAGCAGGGUACCUGCAGGCUAG